UUUUGCCCUAAUCGCAUGCGAGCAAGAACUCUCUCUCUUAUCGUGAAGAACAACAACCACCAUCACAAGUCAUGGCUUUGUUUGAUAAAUAAAAAUCCAUUAUAUAUCAACCAUGUCCCUCCCUUCGAUUUCUCCCUCAACUCGGAUCCUCACUCGUCGCUUGACUCGGUUUUUGCAAACGUAGAAUAGAAGUUUCUUCUCUUUCUUUCUUUCUUCCUUUCGACUCACUGACUCGACUCGCUGACUCGAUUAGAUAUGGAGCCAAUGGAUAUUGUUGGCAAGUCAAAAGAAGAUGCGUCGCUUCCAAAAGCAACAAUGACAAAAAUUAUAAAGGAGAUGUUACCCCCAGAUGUUCGUGUGGCAAGAGAUGCUCAAGAUCUUUUGAUUGAGUGUUGUGUAGAGUUUAUUAAUCUCGUUUCCUCUGAGUCCAAUGAAGUUUGUAGCAAAGAGGAUAAGCGAACAAUUGCGCCUGAGCAUGUACUGAAGGCUUUAGAGGUUCUCGGAUUUGGUGAAUACAUAGAAGAGGUCUACGCUGCUUAUGAACAACACAAGAUUGAGACUAUGCAGGACUCUUUGAAAGGUGGCAAAUGGAGCAAUGGAGCAGAGAUGACCGAGGAAGAAGCCGCGGCUGAGCAGCAGAGGAUGUUUGCCGAGGCGCGUGCAAGAAUGAAUGGUGGAGCCACUGCCCCUCCCAAACAGCCAGACCUUAACCCAAGUUUAGAGAGCUAACUAUAGGACUUUAAUUUUCUUCAACCAUAGGCAAGCAAUCCUUGACUCUUCCAUUUGUGCUUUUAGUCUCUUAUAUUAUGUAAACGAAAAAAAAGAAGAAAAAAAAAGCCUCUGUGAGUGCAGUGGCCUAUGUGGAUAUGCACUUCAGUUUGUACUUUAUGGAUGGAUCAUGUCUAUAACUUAAUGUAAUUAGUGAGAGUUUGUCCAAUUUCUGUCA